UUCCCCCUCUGUCAGCCGAGAAGAAAUCCAGGGCUCCAUGAUCAGCUAAGGAAUUUCCAUUUCACUGGCUUGUUGGGUUUCCAGAGCGGGAGCUUGGGGUUCCUAACUCCAAGAACUCUGUUUUCUGUCCGGAUUCUGGAGAGUUCCAGGGAGCAAGCUGUCUCUCGGUCACCUUCCCUGCAUGCUUCUUGGAAAGGGUCAUCGGUCUUACGUAACCAAAGGGCUUGAAUUAAAAGGCUGACCGUUCAUCUGUUCAAACACUCAUCAGCUAUUAAUUGGGCACCUACUUUGCCCACUUCAGGCUCUCGGAAGCACAGCCACUUGCCCACGUUCUUUGGUGUCCUAGCAACCAGAAACUCUCAUCUGAGCUCCGGCCAGGACAAAGGCCAUUUUCUCCCUGACCACUGUGACUUGGAGCCUCCCAAGGCCUCUGAGGACCUGUCCGUGCAGUUCAGGGAUCCCUUGAAAGCCAUUGCUUGUCCCCAAGGACACCGGGAACUCCAGCCCAGCUGACCCCCCGGCAGAAUGAGCUUCUCGCUCACGUUCUCUGAGCUGGUCAACAUUGCCAUCCCGCAGUGCGGGGUGGUGAACUUCAGGGCCCUGCACCACCUGCUCCAGGGCAUCCUGGAGCACAUCCACAUGGCCGAGCUCAAGAAGGUCCUCUCGGGGGACGAGGACUUCCUCCAGACCUCGCAGGAAAUGUUCAUACCCCGGGAAGGAGAUGCCCAGCCCAUCGUCAACCCCAUGAAGAGGGUCAGCAACAUCUUCGACCAUGUGGUGAGCCGCAUCGACAAGAUGGAGAACCAGCUGGCCAUGCUGCAGGAGCUGCCCUCCACUGCCCAGCUGCUGGAGGGCAGCCAGGGCACGGGCCAGCCCGCCCGGGAACUGUGGCACCUGAUCAAGCUCCGGAAGAUGGUGGAGGGCAACGAAGAAGCCACGGCAAAGUCCAUGAAGACCCUGCAGGAUUUGCUCACCGACAUUUGUGCGCUUAAGGUCACCACUGAAACCCUCAGGAAGGAUGUGGACAGGCUGAAGGACUUGUUUGAAACGGUACAGCUAGAAAGGAUGGAUACUCUCUUUGAAGAUUUGAAAGGGCAGAACCGGAAGAUGAGUGCGCUGCAGCGGGAAGUGAUUUCUCUGCAGAAUAAGAUGGCCACCCUCCCCAAAGCCGAGGACUUGGUGCUCUGGAGCAGCCUCCAUGAGGCCAUGUUCACCCCGGAGACUUUUCCACAGGGACCUGCUGCCCCACAGCUGGGGGAUUCUGAGCUGUGGCAGAUCACGGAGCAGCUCCCAGAGACUGUCCUUCCCCAGACCACUGCGGACCACGAUGCUGUCGAUCACACCCAAGUCUCAGAGGCCAUCCAUCACCCCCACUUGUUGGAGGCCGCCUGGCAUGAUGAGGUCCCAGAGCCACUGCAGGAGGAGGUGUCUCCCCAAGCAGUUCUACCUCCUGGGGACCAGGGGCUGGGUGAGCCUCAGGUGCUCGAGCCCGUGCCUGCACCUGCGCCUGAACCUGAGCCUGAGCCGACUCUGGGGCCAGAGCCGGAGCCCGAGCCCGUGUCUGUGCCGGGGCUGGAGCCCACACCUGCACUGGAGCCCAGUCUGACUCCUGGGUUCACACCUGGGCCCCCCAGACCUGAGCCUGCCCUCAGCCCUCAGCCCACACCCCCAGGAUUCUGGCCUAUGCCGCCAGGAGGCUGGCCUCCUGCCACAGGCUGGCCCAGGGCUAGCACUUGGCCUUCCUGGGGCUUAGGCUACCCCCAGCCUGGCCCAGGCCCAUCAGGCCCUCUGCCUGGACAGGUCCGGGGCUUCAGGGCCCCGGCACCUGCUCCAGAGCUCGGCUUGGCUUGGCCUCGUCCACUGUGGUCCCAGUCUCGCCGGGCAGAGAUGCGCCAGCUCCCGACUGUUUCAGAAAAUGAGGAAGAAUAUUACUCCCGCUCCAUGAAAGUCCCUCAGGACAGGGCUCCCAGGGGUGAGACCCCCAAGGAAGCACCCUCUAAGAGUCCCCAGUCUGUCCUUCAACGGCUGAAAACCAGCACUUCCCGCGCAGCAUCUGCUGCUGCCUCCUAUGCAGCUGCCGCCACCGCAGCCGCCAGGGCAGCCGAGGCCGCCGCCAACUUGGUCAAGGAUGCUUCUGCCACUAAAUUGGCCACUGUGGCAAUGACUGUGGCCGCCUCUGGGCCCUUAGGAAUCUUUGCAGAUGUCCUGGGUGCGGGAUCUUCCCGUGGGGCCACAGGCUCUGUGGCCUUCAGCGAGGACAGCGAGAUGGAAGACUUGCAGGAGAUAGACUACAAGGACUUGCCCCCUCUCCCUCCCGAUGCGACCCUGUCCCAGGCCAUGCUGGCUGCCAAACAGGCUGUGAGCCCUGAAGAUAAGAAGAAGGCCGUCAGGUAUUCCAUGAGCCACAUAGCCCAGAUGCCCUUUAGACACGACUCCCUGAAAGAAGAGUUUGCCCAGCUGUCAUCCAACCUGCAGCAGCAGCUGAGUCAUCUAGCUAGUGUGGGCCACUCUUCCAAGCUUGGGAUGACAGUGGACAUGUUGGAAGAAAAGAUUGACAACCUCCACAAAUCCAGGAUGAAGGAGGAGGAACUCGGGAGAGUUUGGGUCCACCAAAUAGAGACGAUGAAGGAUCACCACAUCACGCUGGACAAGGCAAUAGAGAAGCUGCAGAUUCGCCUGGAUGAGUUAAAGAUUAUCCAGGCUCAAAUAAAAAACCUAGAAAUGCAAAAGGCAGACAAAAGUGUGAUGGAGCAGGAGUUGAAAGAGAAAGCUGAAAAGAGUGCCCUGGCAGGCAAGGCAAGCCGGAUUGACCUGGAGACGAUGGCGCUGGAGCUGAAUGAGAUGAUUCAAGGCAUGUUACUCAGGAUUGUGACCCACGAGGAUGACUGGAAGAAGGUUUUAGAGCAGCUGAGUAAGGACCUGAGCACCAAACUGGUCCACAGUGAUUUGGACGAUCUGAAGAAAGACAUGAAUGAAGUCUGGAAGGUAGUCAGGAAGCUGCUGAUUGAAGGCCUCCGAUUUGACCCCGACAGCGCUGCCGGCUUUAGGAAGAAACUGUUUGAGCGAGUGAAAUGCAUCUCCUGCGACCGGCCUGUGGAGAUGAUGACCGGCCCGCAACUCAUCACCAUCCGCAAAGCCCACCUGCUGUCGCGGCUGCGGCCGGCCAGCGCCACCAGCUAUGAGUACCUGCAGCGGCAGCAGAUGAGGGAACAGCAGCGGCUGCAGCAGCUCCAAGACCUUGGAGACCAGGCAGGGAGCCUGGGCUCGCUGGCCCCCCUGCAGGACUGGGGUGGUGGCCCCAGAAGCGACACCGGCCUCAAGUUCAAGUUGCAUGAGCUGUCAACGCUCUACCCCUACGGGGACCCCGAGCUGCUGGACUAUGACACUGCUGAGGUGGACAUCCUGGGAGUUGACGGGAUCCUGUACAAGGGCCGAAUGAGCAGCCAGGUCGGGGCGCGGCCAGUGACCAGCGUGGUGAAGGAGCUGGCAGCUGUGAAGUUUCCGCACCCCCCGACUCGAAACCUGUAUGAGCGCGUGCGCCCCGCUGCCUUAUUUGAUGCCAUCUACCCCUCCCUGCACCCCCGCAGCAGCGUCCCCUCAGCUGCCUCGGGCCCUCACUCCACGAUGCCAGCUCGGCCUCCAUCUCUGCCAACCCGGCCUCCAUCUCUGCCACCCCGGCCUCCGUCUCUGCCACCCCUGCCACUGCUGCCACCAGUGAUGCCAUCUCUGCGGGACCGCCAGCAGGCCCCAGAGCCCGCUAGGCACCUGAGGCCCCUGCGCCUUGUGUCCCGAGCCAGCACGCAGCCUGCCGAGGAGCCUGCCAACCCGACGGUGUCCAAAUGAGGCCAAGCUCUUCCUGACCCAGGUGACUUACCUGUCCACGCCCCCCUCUCUGCCACGGUGGGGACCGGCUGGCAUAGUCCUGGACCCCACCCCCACCCCCAUAUCACAGAUGUGUAUUUUUGGCAACUUCUCCCCAGAAUAAAAUCUUUCACUUUUCUGACUGUGGAUGAGGGUAAUUGGCUCAUGCCCUCUGCAGAGGGUGACUUUGCCUGCCCCACAUGGGUGAGUAGACCUGCUGGUCCCCCCUCAGGCCACCACCCCAGGGUCAGCCUCCCAGACCCACUGUCCAGAGUGACUGUGGCUGAGUCUCAGCAGAGAAUCACAACACACCUUCCCUCUUCCAUCACAUUUCCCACCUUGGCAGAGUCCCGACCUGCCCCAGCCCUGUGUGGUGGGCAGAUCAGGGGUCUGUGGGCAGAGGGGGUGGUGUGACUUGCCCAGGGUCACAAUGCGAGGCCUCAGUUCUCUGGCCCCCCACCCAGGAGGCCAUAUUUCUUGGGUGCUGUACACACGUCUGAGGGCGCUGCCCUCCCUCACCUCUCCCACAGCAGGAAGGGGAGGUGUGGCCCAGGCUCAGGCAAACUGGAGAGUUGGGGGCUCCCGGGAACGUACCCCAUGCCAGGUGUGGUCAGGCUUGUCCCCUGCAGCCUGACACACAGGGAACCAACAGGCACCCAGCCAUGGUUCUCGCAGUCCCUCAUAUCAGUCCCCAUUCGGCCUCUCAAAGCUGCCUUCCCAGCUGUUUCUCAGGUUUACAAACGGAAUCAGUGCUUGAGUUGGUUCCUGCAGCCCAGGGCGAGAGGAGUGAGGCCCAGGUAGGUGACUGUGUAACCAUUUGCAUUCUGACAGGCCUCCUCGGUGCUUUGGAAGGUGGGGAGCUGCAGACCCCCCUGCAGCCAGUCAGGAGCAAUCCCAGAAGACGACGAUCCUGUCCCCCAGUGUGGGAGGGGGUGGGGGCAGGGAGCAAGCCAGCCUUUGGCCUGGUCCUGCAGGCCUUGGAAGCUGGGAGGGAGGUGCUGAGCCUGCUCCUGGGGCAGCUGCCUCCGGAGGGUGGCCCACCCCAUCUCAGCAGGGGAGGGCGCUUGGGGAGCCAACAGAACCAGGGAUGAGGUCAGCAGAUUGGGAAUUCGGAAGGCCCUGGGUCCAGACUCCUCCCCUGCUAGGGGGACCACGGCUCCUGGCCUGAGACAUUGCAGCAGGGCCAGGCUGGACAGGAAGUAGGGUGACCAAUGGCCUGAUCUGCCUGGGAGUGAGGGGGUUCCUGGACCUUUCAGUUUUAAGACUGAGAUGAGUUGGUCAGGUGGAGAGGGAGGCAGGUGGGCUGGCCUGGCAUACGGGGCUACACGAAUGAGCAGGGCAGGAAGGGGAGGGAGAUGCUGCUUGCCAAGCAGAGGGUCCUGCCUCGAGGUGCUGCUGGAAUGGAGAACUGUGUGGUGACUACCCUGCACCCCCAAACCCAGCCCCACAACUCACUGGUGCAAGUGAAGGGGUCACUGAACAUUGUCUCCUUUUCAAAGACCAUGAACUCAUUAACCCUAAGGUAUAAACAACCGACAACAGCAAACGUGUGUCCUGAACAUGAGGAUCUGCACUAGAAAAAGGCACCACCAGUACCCAACAGCAGGCUGCCAUAAGAUAGAAGUUGAGGCUCUGGAGGGAGGGCCUUCUGUGUAGGGACUUGUUAGGGACACUCAAAUCAGCACACACUGGCCCCCCUGUCACCACCAUCUUGGCUGGCUUGACCCCUGACUUUCCAUGGAUUUGGGGACUCUAGGCAGAGACCCUCCAAACACACACACAUAUGCCAGAAAAGGGCUUCUCUUCUCUUUCCCCCUUUCUCUCUUGCUCGUCUUCACCAGGAUCCAGUGAAAAUGACCCCCCCCCCCCCUUCUC